UAAAAAUCAAUUAAGAAUAGUUUUGAAAUUCAUUAGGGAAAAUAAGGCAGUAGUAGGCGAUUUUUUGGGGUCAAAGGAUUUAAAAUUUGGGGGCAAUGCUUGCGACAUUUUAUGAGGAAUUCAGCCAUGUACAACUGUACAACGAAGAGGAGUCGGUUUGGGCAAAGGUUCGUUGGCGUGUGCCUAAACAAACCUCAGACGAAAAGGUGAUUCUUCCUAGGCAAAUCAAAGAAAUUUACUCAGCAUUUGUCACAUAUUUGAUGUAGCUGGUCAAAAUGAAAUUUAUAAAAUUAAAAAUGUUGUGUCAUACCUACAAAAUUAAAAAAGAAAAUUAUUUAUAAAAAAAAUAUAUAAAUCGUUUCGAUCGUUUUGACCGUUCAAGUUAAGGGCUUCUGAUCAUUCCCAUGCCCUAGCACAAAACCGACUUCACAUACAAUUUUCUGGGGACAUUUUGAGAAAGAGCAAAAACGUAAUUUUUUUUUUAAGAAAUAUUCUUCAGCCAAUAGCAAAAACAAUCUGUAUUGUUGAGUGGACACAACUGCAGGGGGAUCGCAAGGACACUGUCGUCUAGUGUGGCAAACCAAAUUAUGUUUGUAGCAAUUAGACCGCUUUACUUCAAUGAAACGGAAAGUCGAACGCUAAAGUUUAUCGAUUUUUAAAAUGAACCAUACAAACAUUGGACAUUACUUGCUUCUCCACAACGCACAACAAGAUUAUCCCAACCAAGUUGAUGAAAAUCCAUGCAAUUCAAAACAAGGUUUAUCUCAAAUUCGUGCCAAAUCAGAACUUUCAGGAUCACAGCUCCACUCGGAGUAUAGGAGCACUUAUCGUUGGCAUGAGUUCACUGGUAAUUCAAGGCCAGAAGUGGUACGACGCGCACCAGCGCCGAAUCCAAAUCAGUUUGUGGGUACAACGAAUGAACCACCAUUACCCCGAAGAAAAAAAUGUCCAGAAUUGGCCUACAAAUCGCAUGAGUUCAUUAUAGGGUCCGAAUACACAGAUGCACGUAACAAUGCCGCAAACCGUAUGCCCAGAUCGGAAGAACGGAAUGGCACACCUUCGAGACGCAGCAAAUCGGAGGGUCCCCCAGCUGUGCCCAAUGGACGGGCGUUUGCUAUACCAACGGAAGUGGAUGGACCGGAAACCAAACAGGCGGGUGAGUCGAAUGGCCUAUUCAAAAAGACCAUCUCAAAGUUGAGCACAGAGUAUCGUUUGCAAUUCGUUUGGCCCAAUGUACGUAGAAUACGAGAUCAAUCUGGGUCAAGCGUCCAAAAAACAACAUCAACAACAGCAACAGCCAAAGAACAGCAACAAUUCCAACCGAAAAAAUCGAUAUCGUUGGGUGCGAUACGAGGCCAACACGGCUAUCAACAGCACCAUCCUCUGCACCAACAAGAUCGUUCCAUGCUGGCCGCAAUGCCUUCGGUUCAUAAAAAACGUACAACCAACCAAAAAGAAGCCACACUUCAUGAGUUGGAGCCGCUGGUUAGCGAUGCCGAAGAUAGAAAACCAAUCGAAAAACAAGUAACUAUACAGGAGAGAAAGGUUACGGCCAGGCCCUUCUCGCAGUUGAUUGAUCAGGAGCGACCCAAUCACUUCAUAACGAAGAAGGAGAACUUUGGUUUCGAGGACAUCACCGAUGGUGACAAUAAGCGACAGCACGCGAAGCAGGAGCAGCAGGGUGAGAUCAUCAUGAAUGGCUCGGCACCUCCACAUUCAAAGCCUAAUUUGGAUUUGUGGUUCAAAGAGGUAGUAGAAUUGCGUAAAAAGGCUGGAGAAUAUAAGUCUCGCGGUUGGGGCACCGAAAUCGAUCCCGAACUGUACAAUAAACAAAAGGAUCUCUGGGAUCAGGUCUCAAAACGUAGCUCACUUUCAUCGCUUUGCUUGGCCUCUACCAUGCCAAGACCCAUUACCAAGGAGGAGAAGGAUCAGGAGAACAACAAGAAGACAACUCCAGUAUUGAAACCCCAAAAGCCCAGAGUUCCUGGUCAGGCCUACAUUUUGGAUAACAAAGAUGAACUCAAUGCACUGCCAGCACGAUUCAGUCAUAUACGUCACCAUUUGGAACGCACCACUGGACCAGAUGUUGAAGAGGGCGCCCUACUGCCUUCCCCCACUCGGGAGAAACUAAUGCCUGCUAUUACCAAACGUGAAUCAGAGUCUCAGCGUGGUAGUCCCAAGAAAACCGCUGCCUCACGUCACGGUUCUCCCCAGAAGGGUAGUCCCCAAAAGGGUAGCCCCAAAAAGAUUUUGAAAACACGCUCACAAUCGGUUGGCCCAGAAAAUGAAUCGCCCAAGCGACAAAUACGCUCCGCCAGCACAGCCCCCACUAGUCGAACAGCUGGCAAGAAAACACCCACAGCUGCAACAGGAUCGGCCUCAAUUGCUGAGCGUAAAGCACGACCAUAUGAAGGUGAAGAUGGCCGUGACACUGCCAUAUCUGUAUCAAGUUGCAGCCCACAACCAGCAGCUGACAUUCCCGAAGAACCCAUUGUCAAAUCGCCUCCCGAGCCUACUCGCGUCAAAAGUCCCGAGCAGAUUAUAAUGCGUUCACCAGAUCCAGUGAAUUGGACUGUACCACUGGACACAGGGAAAACAUUCACUGUCACACAAAAUGUCAAAGAAGGUGAAAAUUAUAGUAGACCACAAAGUGAAAUAAAAGCUUCUACGCCCGUUGAAAAGCCACCACCACCACCUCAGUCGGCUCCACCAGAAUUGACUGAACAAGUCAAAAUGGACGCAGCCUGGAAGAAAAAACAGCCCAGCACCAACAGCGAAGUCAAGUCUCCUCAGGGCACACUGAGUCCCACAUCGACCGGGGAAAAGUACCCAACGGCAGCGUCAAAGAAACCCUUGCCAGGCUCAUCCAUACGCGUCCUGGAAGACCCCUUGUUCGACGUCGAUGUCGUAAUGGCUUCUAGUGCUGCCGCCGCUGCGGCUGGGGCUGCCGGCGCUAAUCUGUCGUCCUCUUCGAACUCAACCACAACAACAGCUUCAACGGCUCGUUCCACAGCUACCGAAGUUCUAGAAAAGGCUCGUGACCGUUUUGAUCGUUUCUGGGGCGGUAAUGUCACAAAAGAGGAGAGUGUCUAAACUUGCCUAAAUUAAGAAAAAAAUACUUACGUUUUGUUUGUUCGUGCGUAAAAUGUUGUAUCACCUCAAAAAGAUGAAGAAGAAGCAAAUCCUUUUAAUAUUUACAAGAACAAGAAAAACAACGAGAUGCUAACAAGCAAAAUUUUAACUAAUCAGGGCUGCUGAAGUUUCAAAGUGAAUAGCAAUUCUUUUUCGUUAGAUUGGCACCGACCCACAUAUAUCUAUACAGACAAACACACACACACGCAUGUGGUGAUUGAGGUUCCACUGUAAACACUGGCCUCAUUGUCAAAGCUUUUGCUAAGGCCAAAACGAAAGGAUAGUUGCUAGUUAGCGGGGAGGGGAGUUAAAGCAACUCUUAAAGCUCCCCAAUCCCCCCAAACCAAUUACCUCCAUAACAACUAAAACUUCACUUCACUUUUUACUGAAGCUUGUAUUCGUUCUGUGCAGGACUCUAGCAAUGUCUUAGAUUUUAGGAUAACAGCAAAGCUUUUACACUGGACUCUAGCCAGUCCAAACCGCCCCGCGCCCCCCCCCCCACUCCCUCUUAUUCGUAAAUAUCGUACAGACACUCAAUUCGAAAUAUUCAGCUGUAUUUUGAAGGCUAAUUAAGAGUUUAAAGCUGAAUUUGAUUAACUCACACAAACACUCUCUCUCUCUCUCUCUCGCGCGUUCAUUCCUUACUCCCAUUCUCUAUGUCAUUUAAGUAAAAGAGCAUUAAGUUAGAAAAUCAUAAAUCGAAAACGUGAGCAUUUUGAGUUUUAAACCAACGACAAUUUAUCCCUCAUACACUCCAACUGAAAUAGGAAAAGGGCAGGGGAAAAGGCCAUAAAAGGGUGGGUCAAAUGCAAAGUAGUUUGAGAGUUUACAUAAUACAGGCGUACUCGUUUUCAUAAUUAAUGAAAAAAGAAUUUGCUUGAACUAAGCAGCAGUUUAUGUUGUCUCGUAAGGUUAAUGCUUGUAUCGAACCACACUCAUUGAGAGAUAAGUUCCCUGGUGGAAUUUUUUAGAGCAUAUUUGCAUAAAUAUUAGAAAGAAUUUGAAUAUUUUACUGCCUAAAUAGACUGUUUUGUAUAGGGGAAAUAGGGAUAUCGAUCCUAGCCUACUUUGAACUGUUUUCCAUUAUUCCUUGUCAUUUUAAUGGACAAAGAAUUUUAAUUCGCUCACUUUCAAUGUAGCAAAAGCAGAUGAUUUGAACUUUUCCUACGCCGGUUAAAUUUGGGAAGCAUUUUAUUGACUUUGUCAUUAAAGAAAUCGAAUGGAGGUGCAUGAAGUCGUAGAAACAACGUUUGAAGCUUUUAUCAUUGAAGUUGAGUACACAUUUUGCUGCAGACGAUAUAUGUAAGAUGCAAUGGAAACUGUUCUGUGAGUUGUCUUCCGGCUUCCAGAUUUUUUUUCACUUCUGUGGAUUUUGCAGUUGACUUUGGAAGCCGCACUUCAGCCAGCUUAUAAAUUGAAAACGAAAAUCUCGGAUAAUGUCGACAUCUCCUUUUUCCUUAACGUUUUCCUAGCUAAGUUUUCUUAAGCAUCGGCCGUUUGAAAUUGGGAGUUCCAUCUGUGAUAGUUCAAUUGAGUCCUAUCUGAUAGUUAACAGUAGUCGUUUCUAAAAAAUGAUGAAAACACUCUUCUUUGAUUUUUGGAACUUUUGUAAUGACAAGAUAUUUUUUUAAAAAUAUUUUUUGACAUCACGCUAUGAAUAAUCUUUCAUAUAAAAAUAUUUCGUGAAAAAUGUCACUAGAAAGAUCUGAGAAAACCGAAGUAUUCAAUUAAAAAUUGCUGUUAUGAUACAUUGAGGCAAACUAAAGGCGCUAUUACACGGUAUAUAGUUGACUUAUGAGUUGUCAAAUUAAGCCUUAAAUGAGAUGGUUUAACGGUUGGGCAUAUCAUAACAAUGUAAAAAUCAUGAUGAAAAAGUGUUAGGAUUAAUGUUUGCUCGUUUUUCAAAUGAGAAGAACGAAGAGGAUGAAACAAAAUGUUUCAUACAUAUUGUUGUUAAAAGCAAUCAUAAUAUAUUUCGUUGCUAAAUAAUGUAUACUGUACCUUUAUUACAUACAGUGGCACAGAAAAGUCUACAUACACUACUCAAAAUAUGAGUUUUAAAGAAGAAAAUUUAUAUACUAAAACGUUUUACCGCAAAAUAUCGAAUCUUGCUAAAACUGUUCUUCAUGGCCACCACUUUUAGUAUUAAAAAAAAUGGAUGAAAUUAUAUCAUAUCCCUGCUAAAACUGUUCUUCAUGGCCACCACUUUAAGUAUUAGCAAGAAUUUAUGAGGUUAUAUCAUAUCCUAGCUAAACUGUUUUUCAUGGCCACCACUUUUAGUAUUAGCAAACAUUUAUGAGGUUAUAUCAUAGCCUUAUUAUGUGACUCUCAGUCUACGAAGCUGCCGUUUAUGAAAAGGUAUGUCGACUUAUCUGUGCCACUGCAUGCAUAUAUACAUAUGUGCAAGCAAUAAUAAUACAAAAUGUUAGGAACAUAAAAUCUAAAAGAUUUUCCGUGGUUAAAAGAACCAUUCAUGGAAUUGAGAGAUAUUGUGUUUGUACAAUUGUGAGGUUUUCUGCAUAAGUGGACUGUAUUUUAGUAUGAAACUCACAAUUGUACAUCCAUGCAAAUAGAACAAAAAAGUAGAAAAAAAGGCCAGAGUUAGGUUUAUGUAAUUCAAACUUUAUCCGAUAGUCUCCGUAAAGAGAGCUUCGUUCUUACCAUAGAGUAAGCUAGUUUCUUAUUAAGUGAGAGGAUAAGGUAUUCUAUACAUAGCAAAAGGGGGCAGUUCAGCGCAAGAUGAAUUGGCAUAUUAUUUCAAAAUGGAAACUCUGGGGCAAUUUGAGCGAAAGCACUUGUCUUUGGUGAGUUUGAUUGUGCCAAAGGUUUCCAUUGAUGCAAAUUAGCGAAUAUUUCAACCGUUAAAUUCAAUUUAAACCCAAAUUCAUUAUUACAAGUAAUUCAUCAUUAUGUUAUAAAUAAACUUAAUCUACUUUGCUGAACACAGUUCUAAAGUGUUAUAGUAUCUAUAUCAGCGAUCAUCAAAAUGAGAAUAUAACUGUUUGUGUAAUACUCUAUUUCAAUAUUCUUAAAUACUUAAGUAGACAUAAAUACUUUUUUAUAUCUUCCAAGACAGGGUUCGAACCUGGGCACGCGGAGCAAAAGCAAGAGCCAUUGCCAUUGUCUAGCGUUCGAAGUCAUCAAUACAACUUCCAACAGAGGCACAAAAUCAUGUGUAGUACGGAAGAAGUGUAAUUGCCACAGAAAAAAGUCUGUCUUUACACAAAAAUAUACAUUGGGAAAAAGUAGUAAUAGACAGGGUGGUCGAGCGUGGUUAAUGUGGUAAUUGUAUCAUAGAUGCUUUUGCGCAAUUAAUAAGAUUAAAAUACAACAUACCAACGCACGGCCGUUGAAGUCAUUACACCUAAUAUGGUUGAAAAGUCUUCUAACCAACGACUAAACGCGUCCCAUAAUGUUUGGUAUGUGUGAUGCUAUCUUUGGCUUUCCUUUUCCAUUUGCAAUCUCCGAUCAUUGAGCUCGUCUCGAAAGAGAAACAAACAAAAAUUGUAAAAUUUUAUGAUCUUUACCCUAACAGGCAAAAAAGUUGAAAAAUAAAAAAAAAAUAUUAUUUUAAAAAUUUAAAACGAUAUGUAUGCCUCUAGGUAUGUUCAUUCGUUGCAUUCUCAAUAACGGCUGAGAGAAAGAGUAUAAGAAUUCGUGUGACUUGCCAUCAACGCUAUCGUAAAGGGCUGGGCAUCGCUGAUUUACAUAGAACAUACAAUAACAUAAUGCGCGUAUCUCGGAACAUAAUAAUGAGUUGGCUACAACUGUGUUCUACCAAAGAAGUUAAAAAUUUUUUCAUCAUCUCUGGAUAAAGUUGAUUAGACAAAUGUUAUGGAAUGGAGAAAGGAUAAGAAACAGUAUAAGAAUUCGUGUGACUUGCCAUCAACGCUAUCGUAAAGGGUUGGGCGUCGCUUAUUUACAUAGAACAUACAAUAAUAUAAUGCUCGUAUAUCUGAAUAUAAUAUUUUAACUACAACUGUGUUCUACUAAAGAAGGUAACUAAUUUUUCUUCAACUCUGGAUAAAGUUGAUUAGACAAAUGUUAUGGAAUGGAGAAAUGAUAACAUUUAGCACCCGAAUAAGCCCUUCCGAUUGCUGGAUUGUUAGCGAAAUCGGAUUAUAUGUAUAAGGGUUGUUGUUUCGAUUUCCAUCAUGGGUUUGUCGCUAGUGUGUUAUCACAAUGAUCAUUAAUCGUCUGAUUGUGAUUUCAGAUUACAGCCAUAAACUAAUCUAGGACCUAAUAAAAAGAAAGAGUUCGUUAACAAUUUUAAGUGACUUAUAUCAAAGUUGAAUUACUUACUUUAAUUUAAUUGGCUAUGGCAGAAUAUUUGUUCCACUAGCCGAACGUAGAAUAGCGUUCCAUGCGCCUCGAUCUUCUCUUCUUCAAAGUUGAAUUAUAGGUUUUAAACUUUGAGCAAAGUGCUCUAAUAAUUCGGAUGUAAGCAUAGACAUGAGAAUGUCGCCAGAAUAACAAAGAAUUUCAGAAUGGUUUUUACAACAUUUAAGAGAUAUUUUUUCAAAUGUUGACAUUGUGGCGACAAUCUUAGCCAAGUAUCCAACUUUGUACUUAAACCCCCUCCCUACCUUUGCCCUUAACUAUGUGAAAUGGAGUGUAUUUAUAAGUUUUUCUCAUAACAUUUCAUCAAGUCAAAUCAAAGACACGAAGACCCGUCCAAAAACACACAAAAUGGAAAAAAAUACUUAAGAAAAAAGAAAAAGAGACAAAAUUAAGCCGUUUUAGAUAACAAACCAAACAAAAGCUUAAGGAAAAAGCAAAUAACCGACAUUUACAUCAACAACAGUCAACUCAAACCAAACCAUUUUUUGCUAUUUAGGCCAAUACUGAACAUAUAUAGAUAUUCAGGCAUAAUACAAAAUGAAUAGAAGUUUCCGUCAUGAAGUUUAUACAUCAAGAAAUUAUUUUUCUAAGCUCGUAUAUGUCUGGUAGUCAUUCAAAGUCAGUCAUUCAGUCGUGUUUUUUUUCGAGGAUAUUGACGACGUUUUUAAAAGUAAAACCAAAAUAAUUAUAAGAAAUAUUUUUUAAAAUGAGAAACUUUAGAAAAGGAUACACAAAAAACCCAAACACCAACAUAGACACACACAAUAACACAACACCUUUACAUACAUACAAAAUGUUUUGAAGAAUACUUACUUGAAAACAACUUUGAAAGUUUGUUUCCUUCUGUUAUCAACAAAAUUCUAAGCUUAAUUCUCUCAAGUGCUUAUUUCGAAAGGACUUACAAAUGUAACUCAAAAAAAAAAACUAAAACAAACCAAAAUAUAUUCUCACAUAUACAUGGUAUAUGUACGUAUAUGGCAAACCCAUUUUUUUUUUUUUAAUUUAUUUAAUAUUUUUUAAAUUACUAAAAGAAAACCAAUCGAAAUCGAAUUCAAAAUCGAAUACAUAUAUACUCCAAAGUGUUUCUUUGCGUUCUUCUUUUUUGUUUACAAAAAAAAAAAAAAAAAAAAUUGAAAUCGAUCGAUUAAAAACAAAGUAUUAUUGGAUUAAAGUUAAGUGACCACACCAAAAAAAAAAAAAAACACAAAACAAAUGAAAACACUUAAAAACCAUAUAAAUUAAAGCAUUAAAGGAAACAAGUUGAAGAUGAUGAAAGAAUGAAGACGAAAUGGAAACGAAAAUAAAUGAAAAAGGAUUAUUGAUACCCAAACAUGAUGUUAUAUAUGCAUAACUUGGUGAAUGAAAGCCACAACAACAAUUACAUAUUUAUUGAUAUAUUGUAUUUAUCAUCAUUAUUAUAUGAUUAUUAUUAUUAUUAUUACUAUUGUCAUCAUUACACCAUUAUUAUUAUUAUUAAUUAUUAUAAAUCGAAAUAAUCAAACAAAAGCUUAUCAUUGAAUGUUUUUUGUUUAUGACAUGUUAAGCUUUAUUUAGUUUUAUUAUAGACAUGAAUAUACACCUAAAUAAAAAUGAAGGAAAAUUAUUGUUUGAAAAUUUUUUUUAAUAGACCUUGAUGAUUGUAAUGAGUUCCAUUACAAGUGGUUCGCCAUUUGGUUUUUAUUUAUCUGCAUUAUUUAUUAUCGGUCCAAGGAUAGUCUAAAGACAGUUAUUGAACAUAGUUUAAUGAUUGUUACUUUGAUGGCAAACAAUUGGCACGUUGUUUCUAAGAAGCUUCACAAAUACAAACUCUUAUAUGUUGAAAAUUUGUUAUGCAUUUUUUUGUUUAUUUAAAUUCUGUCUACUCAGCCUAGCUAAGCUAGAUUAAGUAUGACUUUGCAGUAUUUCUUCAUAGUUCAAUUAUUCAAUAUGUUUUGAAAGCUUACCAAAAAUGUGUAUUUUGUUGGAAUGAAUUCAAAAAUCAAUCAAUACAAGCAAAGCAAAGUCCCCAUAUUUAGAAAAAUCAUGUGUAUUAAUGUGCAUGGCACCGAAAGAGUUCAACAACUUAAGUUUAUAUACAAAUUUGUGGUGCUGUAUAAUUUGAAAUGAAGGCAUUAUUCUUUGUUUGUAGAAAGGAAUAACAAUAUCAACUGCUUUGUUAAAAUAUGUCUAGGUAUUCUACAAUUUACCGAUGCUUUUACUUGUUGCAUUAGGUUUACUACUUGAAGGCCAACAAUGAAUCAUUGUUAAGCUUGCUCUGUGUAUCACUGAAUUUAAGCUAAAGCUUAUUUUUCUUAAAAAUUGGCCAAAAGUUGUUCAAAAUUUAUUCAGGUAUGACCUUGGUUUCGUGUCGCAGGCUAAUGUGAAAUAUGUAUGAAAUAAGGUGUCCCGUAUGAUAGAUUUCACCAAAAAAAAACUGUGAGACCAUUUCACUAAAAAUUUUAUGGUGAAAGCAAUGCGAAUUCCUUCUUAUACUGUAAAUACGCCUUAAAUCACAAAAUAACUGUUGAAUAACCACUUUUCUUGAAUUCCAUUAUUUUUUAAAUCAAGUCUUAAAAAAAUGAAAGCUAUAUUGUCCCCCACAAUAUAAAGGGUAAGUGAUUUCAAAGAACCAUACCCCCCACAUUUCGACAAAUCUAUAGCAAAUCCAUGGCAGCCGAUUCAAAGUGCCGUAUUAACCCGAUUAAGUCCUACAUAUUAAGUCUAUAGGGCAAUCCUAUCCAGGACACACCAUUUUUUAAAGAACCCUCGUGUGGGAAUUUUUGUUAUAUGGGUGCCCUUAGAUUUAUGCCCAAACAACACACCUCAAGCUUAUGCUACAUCCGUGUAGCAAAUAAAGAAAUUAUGCUACAUCCGUGUAGCAAAUAAAGAAAUUAAUUGAAAUUAUCAAAAAAUUUCAAUAACUUUUUAAAUGGGUCAAUUAAAAAAUCUUUUGAAAAUUUCAAUCAUUUAAUUGGAUCAAUAAAAAAAUAAAAACCGGAAAGCAAUCAACCACUCCUCUCAAUCGAAAAUGUAUCUGGCGUCAGGCCCCCAAUAUUUUUUCGAACUCGUGCAGUUUAAAGUGUUCUCGAGAAUCUAAACGUAAAUAAAUCCCCGGGCCCGGCCGAAUGACAUAUUAACACUUGUCUUACGCAAAUAUUCUUCGACGCUCGCUCGUCCAUUACGCAACCUUUUCAACUUUGCCUAUCGUGCGGGAGUCUUCCCGGCGCGAUGGAAGGUUGCAAACGUGCAGCCAAUACCCAAGAAUGGUGAGGUAAACAACCCUGCGAAUUAUAGGCCAAUUGCGAUAUGCUCCGCUCUCUCCAAGGUCAUGGAAAGCAUGGUUAAUCACCAUCUUGUGAGGUAUUUAGAGUCUAAUGGCCUUCUAAGCGAUCAACAGUAUGGGUUCCGCAGAAAUCGCGCUACGGGCGACCUCAUGGUACUUCUGUCGGAACGUUGUGAUGAGAGUGGCUUUGGAUAGGGUCUCCAAGGCAUUUGAUAGGGUCUGGCACGGUGCACUACUAUCAAAGCUUGUCGCAUUUGGUGUCGGUAAUGGCUUCGUUCGUUUCAUUUCGAGCUUUCUCAGAGAUCGCACUAUUCGAAUCGUUAUAGAUGGGUUCUCAUCCAAUGAGCAUAAAUUGAUCGCAGGUGUACCGCAGGGCUCUGUUGCUCUACGCGUAACAGCAAAGUGGGCUAUCGAAAAUGGUGUAGGUUUAAAUCCGUGCAGGACAGAAGUAGAUGAAAUACAUGUUGCCUAUAGUGGAACAUUCCUCCUUGGGAGGCAAAGCGCAAAAUACCUGUGUGUUUUGCUGGACAGGAAAUUGAUCUUCAAAUCCAACAUUUUGGAAAGGGCAAGAGCAAUUGGCAAAAGUUGGGGGUUUAGAUCGCGCGCCAUGCAUUGGGUAUAUACUGCAGUUGUCAGACCUAUAAUGCUGUAAGGUGUUGUGGUCUGGUGGAUGGUGCUUUAAAAGUCCACCUACUGUUGAAUACUCAAACCGAUUUAAAAGAUGGUUCGUUUGUGUAUCACUGCCGCACUGAGAACGACACCAUCUAAUGCACUGGAUUUAAUGCUACAUCUAAUACCUCUGGACAUUGUGGCUAGACAAAUUGCUGCAACCAUUGCCGCGAGGCUUAGGAAGCUUUCUCUUUGGUCAUGUAGCGGCUACGGACACUGUGUUAUCCUUGGCAUCUCUAGACUUUAAGAGGCCUACCGCUUUGCUGACACUGUCUAGAACAGACGUCUCAGUCUUCGAGAAAUUGAGGACAAGAGGCGGGUUAUGGGUGAUACACUCUGCCAGGAUUUGCUGGCCAUUUCUGAGUGGGGUCAAAUGAAUCGAGUAGAUUUUAAUGCACGAAAGACUCAGUGCUGCUUGUUGUCACACAAACGAUUCGCUGACCCAUUAUGAUCAUCUUUGUCUAUCCACACGGUGUAGAUGUUGAGCAAUCAGAUGCUCUCGAUGUUUUGGGCAUGAAAAUACAAAGUGUCCUUUGGGCUGAACAUGUAUUUGAAGUGUCGAAAGAAGCAUUCAAGUCUUUAGGCUUCCUUAAACGGUGUAAGAAUUACUUCACUCAGUUUGAUCUUUUUAACAUCUACACCACUUUCAUAAGACAGAAAAUGGAGUACAACUCACAUGUAUGGGCUGGAGCUUCAAAAUCAGGACCUGGAGCUACUGGACCGUGUACAGAGGAGAGCGAUGACGUUGAUAGGGGACAGUGAGGUAUCCAACUCUAUUGCCUCUCUUCAUCUUCGUCACAAUGUGGGUUGUUUGGCGCUGUUCUAUCGGUACUUUCUUGGUGUGUAUUCGUCUGAUAUUCGUCUUCUUAUUCCUGAUGUAGAGAUGUAUGUCGGGGAUACUAGACAUUCUAGGAACUCACACCUGUUUGUAAUUGAUUGGCCCACGGACCGCACAAUGCAUUUUAGAGAGAAUUCUUAUUUCGCCCGAACCGUUCGUAUGUGGAAUCGUCUUCCGGCUAAUGUUUUUCCUACCUAAUUUGACAUCCAAAGAUUUAAGACAAAUGUCAAUAAGACAAUGUAAUAUAGAUAAUUUUUUUUCUGUCAGCCAACACGCAGGGUAUGUCCCCCAUGAAUGCAGUGUAUUGCGUUGG